GGCAACAGAGGCAAUGGAACCGAGUCUACGGAGCUUUCGCUUCUCGCCUCUCCCUGUCACCGAGCGCAAUCCUAGACGUAUCCCUUUCCUGUAACUUCAGACCCGCAGAGCCUAAGUGACUCCAGGGAAACUUUUCGAACCUAACUUAACCGGACCCACGGAGCCCAGCAAACUCUGUGGGAGCAAUCGAUUUGUCAGAGUCCUCCAACGAGGGUUCAAGCGGGAGCUGUGCCUGGAAACCUGUCCAGCCUACACCAAUACCAUCUUUGGGUGCGGGGUGUGGUUCUGCUCUGUCUGCUGCUCCCCAAUUGGCUGAUGGAGCUCUGGCAGCCACCCCAGCAGGAUUAUCAAGGGUGAAGCACUGAAUAAACAACACUGCCCAAACUGCUGAGUCGGAGUCAGUCCGCUAAGGCACCCUGCGAGGCGGUGAGCUGCUCUCCCAGUGACUCCCAGCCCUGCAGACGCACCGGCAGCCCUGCACAUCCCAUCCUCUGCAGAGAGAAGACUCAUUGGUUAGAAGCUGUCCAUACCUCCCAGCAAGAAAAGAUGAGCAGGAAUGAAGAGGGCCAAGAGGAGGCAUUUGUGAGCAGCAAGGCUGGCAAGUCAGAUGACAAAGUCACGAGCACGAACCCUUAUGCAGGGUUGAUGAACCGCCUACGUGCUUCCUGGCUCGCAGGGAAGACACGCCCCAUGGAGUAUCGGGUCUCUCAGCUGGAGGCGCUGAGCCGGUUUUUGGAUGAGAAGAAGCAGUCCAUCCUGGAUGCCUUAGCUGCAGACAUGCGCAAGCCACCCUUUGAAGGAGAGUUCGCUGAGAUUCUCCUGGUCAGGAACGAGGUCAACUAUGCAAUCAACAACUUGUCCACCUGGAUGAAAGAUGAGAACGUGGAGAAAAACCUGGUGGUUCAGCUGGACUCAGUCUUCAUCCGCAAGGACCCCUAUGGGGUGGCACUAAUCAUUGCGCCCUGGAACUACCCAAUCCACCUGCUCCUGCUGCCAAUGAUUGGGGCCAUUGCUGCUGGUAACUGUGUCAUCAUCAAACCCUCUGAGAUCAGCAAAAACUCCGAGGCACUCAUAUCUGAGAUGCUGCCCAACUACCUGGACAAGGACUGUUUCGCUGUGGUGACUGCUGGUGUGGAGGAGACUACAAAGCUGCUGGAGAACAAGUUUGACUACAUCUUUUUCACUGGCAGCCCCAGAGUGGGCAAGAUCAUCAUGAAAGCUGCAGCCACGCACCUGACACCAGUGACUCUGGAGCUGGGGGGCAAGAAUCCCUGCUAUGUGGCUGACCAGUGUAACCUGCAGAAUGUGGCCAACCGAAUAGUUUGGGGGCGCUUCUUCAAUGCAGGGCAGUCCUGCAUUGCACCUGACUAUGUGCUGUGCACCCUGGAGACACAGGAAAAGUUACUGCCUGUCCUGCGCCACGCCAUCAAUGACUUCUAUGGGGCUGAGCCCAAGGAGUCACCUGACUAUGCUCGCAUUAUCAAUGACAAGCAGUUCCAGCGCUUGCAGGCCUUGAUGAAUGGUGGACGUGUGGCCAUCGGGGGGCAGACAGAUGCAAAGGAGCGGUACAUCGCCCCCACAGUGCUGGUGGAUGUGUCAACAUCAGCACCCAUCAUGCAGGAGGAGAUAUUUGGGCCCAUCUUGCCUAUUGUCACCGUGGCCAACUUGGAGGAAGCCAUUGACUUCAUCAAUGCCCGGGAACGACCGCUGUCCCUAUAUGCCUUCUGUGAUAACAAGGCGAUACACCAGCUGCUGGACCGGACGAGCAGCGGUGGUUUUUGUGGCAAUGACACCCUGCUGCACGUUUCACUGGUUUCAUUGCCCUUUGGUGGGAUUGGGAACAGCGGGAUGGGAAAAUACCAUGGCAAGUUCAGCUUCGACACCUUCACUCACCACCGUGCCAGCCUCCUACGUAACGCAGGCCUGGAGGCGAUCAAUCGGAUCCGGUACCCACCCUACAGCGACCAAAAGAUGGCGUUGCUGAUCGCUGCCUUUGGGGUCAAGCGCAGGGGGGCCUGCACUCUGAUGUGAGCAUGGGAGCGGCUCAGCCCACCCCACCAAGCAGCACACACCUACCCACAGGCUCCCUGGCUACAUAGGUUGAGGGAAGGGGCUCCUGUAAUGAGCCACACUAACAAGAAGCUCUGGACUCCUCCUUCACAGAAACUCAGCUCCCUCUGUCCUUACUCUUUGGAGAAGGGGGGAAACAAAUCUUCUCUCUUCCAGGCCCCAUCCUUUCCUGAAAGCUCCUGCCCCUCCCACCCCACCUGGAUCCUGCCCCAUCUCCAGCUGCUCAGGCCAGCAGGACAGGAAUUUCCCUGACUCUCAGAACUGCCUCCCCACCCACUUCCCCCUGGAGUCUUGCCCCACUGGCUUGGUUGCUGGGAGUGGGCAGAUCAGAAAUGCCAAAGCACCUUCUCAAGGCAUGUCCUUGUCUUGCAGAGACAAUGAACCCAUGACCCCCAGGGAGCUGUCCCAGGCCAGCAUCCCACUGGCUGCUACAGCAUGGCUCUUGGGAGGGCUCUGCAUGUCCAAGGGGACAAAUGAUGCUGACCCCAAUGUCCUGCUCUGAGACUAGCUGACCCAGGGGAGGGGGGCUGUUAGGAAGUUUGGGUCCCAAUCUGCACCCUUCUCUCCCUGGUUGACUACACCCUUCUGGUAACUAUGCCCCCUGCCUAGGGAUCUACCUAAAGCUUGGCAAGAGAAAGGGAUUUUUGUGGCCCACUCAAAGUGUACAGACUGAUUUCCUGGCCUUUUCACAACAAACCUGCCCCUUGCUGCUGAUUGGCCCAGAGUGGUUGAUUGUCCAUCAUGAUUCCCUCUCAGCCAAUCAGCAGCAAAGGGUGGGCAGACACUAUCUUGGCAGCUCUUCAUGUGGGUGGCAUCACCUCACUGGCAGACUGCGAGGAUGGGCUUUAGUGGCUAUGAAGACUGCUGGCUGCUCCCACUGGGGAGCCAGCAUUUUAUUUUUAGUAAGUUUUUUUUCUUGAUUUCACAGACAGUGCUUGAUUUCAUGAAAUCCACAAAAUCGCAAACUAAGUAGGGUCCCUACCCAUGCCAGGUUCUCUUCCUACUUCCACCACCAUGUUCUACUUUAGGUACCAUCUCUUCUCCUGCAUCCUGCUCCAUGCUCUGCCCUGUAUGUUUUGCUUAAGUAAAGAUUCUGCAUUGAGUUCCCCUG